CAGCAUGCAAUCUGGUACUUCCUUUGAGACACAGAAGUAGAAAGAUGGCGGCGGUCAGUAAGUAUUUGACAGCCAAAAACUCUUCCAUAGCCGGUGGUGUAUUACUGUUGUUGUACCUUCUGAAGCGGAGGAGACAAGCGGCCAAGUUAAAUGGGGGAAAGCGACCUUCAGAGGCUGAGAAAAGCAAAAAUCAGGACAGGCGACAGGACAGGACCAUGGUGGAUAAGGUGUUCUUCACACGCAUCCUGAACAUCAUCAAGAUCAUGGUCCCUAGGGUCGUCUGCAAGGAGUCAGGAUACUGUCUCCUGAUAGCAGUCAUGCUGGUGGCCAGAACUUACUGUGACGUCUGGAUGAUCCAGAACGGCACCAUGAUCGAGAGUGCAAUAAUUGGUCGUUCAGCCAAAGAUUUCAAGAGGUUCUUGUUCAACUUAAUUAAAGUCAUGCCGUUUAUCUCCCUGGUGAACAACUUCCUGAAGCUGGGUCUGAACGAGCUCAAGCUGUGCUUCCGGGUCCGCCUGACCCAACACCUCUACGACCAGUACCUGCAGGGCUACACCUACUAUAAGAUGGGUAACCUUGACAACCGCAUCGCCAACCCAGACCAGCUGUUGACACAGGAUGUGGAGAGGUUCUGUAACAGUGUGGUGGACCUGUACUCAAACCUGAGCAAGCCUCUCCUGGACAUCGGCCUGUACGUCUUCAAACUGACCUCCGCCAUCGGAGCCCAGGGUCCGGUGUGUAUGAUCUCCUACCUGGUGUUCUCUGGACUGGUGCUGACCCGGCUCAGGAGGCCCAUCGGCAAGAUGACCGUUACCGAGCAACGCUAUGAGGGAGAAUACCGCUACGUCAACUCGCGACUCAUCACCAACAGUGAGGAGAUAGCCUUCUACAAUGGGAACCUGAGGGAGAAGCAGACCAUCUAUUCAACCUUCCACAAGCUGGUGGAUCACCUGCACAACUUCAUCAUCUUCAGGUUCUCCAUGGGCUUUGUGGACAGCAUCAUCGCCAAGUAUAUCGCCACCGUGGUUGGCUACCUGGUGGUCAGCAGACCCUUCCUAAACCACGCCCACCCUCGCCAUCUACACAGCACGCAUGCUGAACUGCUGGAGGACUACUACCAGAGUGGGCGCAUGCUGCUCAGCAUGUCUCAGGCCCUGGGAAGGAUCGUGCUGGCUGGCAGGGAGAUGAGCAGGCUGUCUGGGUUCACUGCUCGCAUCACAGAGAUCAUGCAGGUCCUAAAGGAGCUGAACUCAGGGAAAUAUGUGAGGACCAUGGUGUCUCAGCAGGGCAGAAAUCAUGAGUUGCUAGACAGACUCACGCUGGUACCAGAAAGUGGGGAGAUCAUCCACGCUGACAGGAUCAUCAGGUUUGAACACACUCCCUUGGCCACACCCAACGGAGACAUCCUCAUCAGAGACCUCAGCUUCGAGGUGCGUUCAGGCACCAACGUGCUGGUGUGUGGACCCAACGGCUGUGGGAAGAGCUCUCUGUUCAGAGUCCUGGGGGAGCUGUGGCCCCUGUUUGGAGGUCGUCUGACGAAGCCUGAGAGAGGGAAGCUCUUUUACGUCCCCCAGAGGCCCUACAUGACGCUGGGAUCAUUGCGAGACCAGGUGAUCUACCCCGACACUGUCCAGGACCAGAGGAGGAAAGGGAUUUCAGACCAGGUGUUGAAGGAGUACCUGGAUAACGUGCAGCUGGGCCACAUCCUGGAUAGAGAGGCCAGCUGGGACUCAGUCCAGGACUGGAUGGACGUGCUCAGUGGAGGAGAGAAGCAGAGGAUGGCUAUGGCCAGGCUGUUCUACCACAAGCCCCAGUUUGCCAUCCUGGAUGAAUGCACCAGUGCUGUCAGCGUGGAUGUAGAGGACUACAUAUACAGCCACUGUAGGAAGGUGGGGAUCACACUCUUCACCGUGUCACACAGGAAGUCCUUAUGGAAGCACCACGAGUUCUAUCUGCACAUGGAUGGGCGGGGCCACUACGAGUUCAGACCCAUCACCAAGGAGACGGUGGAGUUUGGAUCCUAACGACCGUUGUCCAGCACCUCAUCACACAUACUGUUGAGAAGGGGGGGGUGGAGAGAGAGAGAGAGAGAGAGGUGUCUGAAUGUUGCUGUAUUACAUAAAGCUUCCACAGCACAGUCAGAGCUGCCAAUCAGAGCCCUCCUAACAAGGUACCGUAGACAGACCUUCCAAUCAGAGCCCUCCUAACAAGGUACCGUAGACAGACCUUCCAAUCAGAGCCGUCCUAACAAGUUGGACUGUAGAGCCACUGUGUGAUGACUGGUUUAACCUCCGGGGGGCGCCUCUCCUGUUGCUCAGAUCAUUCCCCCAGACCUGUGCCAUUAAACCUACAUGCCUAACUUCUUUUCCUUGGUCCUUAGCCUAGCAUCAGAGCCUUGAUCCCUAGCCUAGCAUCCCAGCGUAACAUCCUAGUCUAGCCUCCUAGCCUAGCUUCCUAGCCUAGCCUCCUAGCCUAGCUUCCUAGCAGUUUCUACUAGCCUAGCUGCCUAGCCUAGCUUCCUAGCCUAGCUUCCUAGCCUAGCUUCCUUGCCUAGCUUCCUUGCCUAGCUUCCUUGCCUAGAUUCCUAGCCUAGCUUCCUAGCCUAGCUUCCUAGUCUAACUUCCUAGCCUAGCUUCCUAGCCUAGCUUCCUAGUCUCACACGAAGCAGACUGCAAUGUGGUCUCUCUUCGCCAUGUUGGCGUCUGAUUGGCUGACCUACCACCUGUUAAGUAGAGCUAGGGGUCAAGGGUUGGAGGUCACCAGGGUCAAGAAGGAACCAGCUCACCUGUGUCAUAGAGGAUGUUGUGUAUGCGUGUGUGUGUGUGUGUGUAUUUAAACAGAUACUGUGCUGAGAAGCUAGCCUUACCUCCCAUGUUGUGCCUACAACAGGGUUUCUAUGGUUACAUAAAAGAGUCAGUUCUGAUAUCAACAAGAUAAAUUAUGUCAUCUUUAACUUUUGCCUAAAGUGUGUUAAUGACUGACACCACCCUGAAGUGCAUUCUGCAUAGCUACAUUAAUUUACUGCACUAAGAAUCAACCUAUGAACUCACUGUAUAAUGUUUAGUCUGGGUUACAACACAGUCCAUACAGUUUGGAUUAUAUGAGGUACUUGUAAGUAAAUAUGGACUUUCCUACAGUGAACCUGGUCAGUUGCUGCCACAGUGAGCUGCACAGUGUGUCAUCUUUUUAAACUGUCCUGUUAGACUUGUAAUGUGUUCCUGUAAAGGAGGCUGAUGAUGAUGUGAAUGGUUGUUACCAUGGUGAAGUUGAAUGGCUGUAAAAUGAACAAUAGGUUUAUAUUCAUUUAGGUGAUUUAAUAUAUUUCUUGAAAACAA